UUUGCUGCAGAGUAAACAUCUCCUCCCUGUUUCAAACAGGGAGAAGAGGAGCAGCCAUGACUGUGAGAGCAGCAGUGACUGGACUGGUUAUCUUUCUUCUCUCUGUGCCAGUGGUCCAGAGUCAGAAUGGCUGGGGAGUGACUUAUUCACAAACUGAAGUCUGUGCCUUGGAAGGAUCAACAGUGGAACUAAGCUGCACCUACACAUAUCCAAGUUCUGACUAUGAUAGAGUUACUGAAUCAUUCUGGUUUACUAAAACACAGAAUAAUGAACCUGUUGAUGUGAGAACAGACUCACAGUACACAGGACGUGUGACGUACAGUUGUGAAGGGAAACGCUGCACUCUGAGAAUCACUAACGUAGAGAAGAGAGACUCAGCUACGUACAAGUUCAGCUUCAUAACAAACCAAGAUGGCGGCAGAUUUACAGGAAACCCUGGAGUCAUUUUGUCUGUUAAAGUUCCAGAUCUUAAAGUGCAGAGAACUUAUUCAUGGUCCAAGCUAGAACUGAAAUGUCUCAGCAGUUGUCUUUUACCUCAUCAUGUCUCCUAUGUCUGGUACAAGAAUGGACACAAAAUCUCUGCAGAAGAAUCUUCUUAUUCAGCCGAGUAUGUUUAUGAAGACAGCUACUCCUGUGCUUUGAAAGGCUAUGAGGAUUUCCCCUCUCCUCUGUACUGUUACUAUGAUUCUCUGUGUAACAAAGUGAAAUACACUCACAGAACCAUCUGCUCCUCCAGAGGCUCAUCAAUGAACAUCUCUUGUUCUUACAAAAGUUCUGAAAGCAUCAGUUCAAAAUUCUGGUUCAGAUCUGAUCAAAGUCAGCAGGGGCAACAUGACCUACGACCUGAAGACCUCAGAGAAGAUUCCCAGUAUGGUAAUCGUGUUCAGGUCACUGAUAAUGAGAGUGGAGACACCAGCACCCUGAGAAUCUCUGAGCUGAGAGAGAGCGAUUCAGCCGUCUAUCGUUUCACAUUUACAGCAGGAAGCUCUGGAUGGGGGACCAGUUUACCUGGUACAACUCUGACUGUAACAGCUCUACAGGUGCAGGUGAUGAAGAUAACAACCCAGGAGUCUCACACAGAGGCAGAGCUGAGAUGUCACAGCAGCUGCAGUGAAGCGGAUCGUCUUUCAUACGUCUGGUUCAGGAACGGACAGAGAAUUCCCCAGGAGAAUAAAUCUUCUCUUAAAGACCGUCAUAACCCUGAGGAUGAGAUCUCCUGUGCUUUAGAAGGACAUGAAGGAUUUCCCUCUCCAUCAGUGUAUGUUCCAAGCCUUCCCUCUGUAUCAGUGAGUACCUCUGCUGAGAUAGAGGAGGGUAGUUCAGUGAAUCUGACCUGUAGCAGUGAUGCUAACCCAGCAGCUUAUUACACCUGGUACAGGAAGUAUGGAGCUGGAGACCUUCAGUUCUUCAGAGCAGGACCACAGCUUUCCUUCAGCUCCAUCCAGCCCUCUGACUCUGGACAGUAUGACUGUUCAGCUGAGAACGAGCUGGGGAGAAGGACAUCAGAGCUCGUUUCCAUAUCUGUGAAAUAUGCUCCAAAGCUUCCCUCUGUAUCAGUGAGUCCCUCUGCUGAGAUAGUGGAGGGCAGUUCAGUGACUCUGACCUGUAGCAGUGAUGCUAACCCAGCAGCUAAUUACACCUGGUACAAGGAGAACGAAGACUCACCUCUAGCUUCAGGACAGAUCUUCACCAUCACUGAAUUUCAUUCUAAUCACAGUGGGAAUUAUUACUGUGAAGCUCACAACACAAGAGGGCGCCAUAACUCCACCUUCACUCUGACUGUUGUGUCAGCAUCCAUAUCAAACAUCUCCAGGAUAACUCUGGGACUCUUGAUGAUGAUUCUUCUUCUCCUCUUGAUUCUGUGGAGGAGGAAGAAGGACACUAUGGAGGCUGAACCUGCAGGAGCAAUGGAGUUAAACUCUGAUCCUGCGUACGGGAACAUCUCAGCUGUCACUGCAGCACAGAGAGAAGACAGAGAGGAGCAGGAAGAUGCUGUAUGAAGUCCUCAGGUUAGAGCCUCCUGCACUGAAUAAACAGAGCCACUGUAGAUUUACAGUCAUCUAUGUCACAUGUUACAACCAUACUAUACCAGUAUUCCAUUCACUUUUCUGUCAUGUUCUUUAAAUGCUGUUGAAUCAGGAGAAGACUUCCUGUGGAGAAGUGGGGACAUUUACCUUCAGCUGCUGUAGGCUGAUAUGAAUUCAUGUGAAAUUGUUACUGAGAGACAAAAAUCAGGCUGAAAACAGAUAUAAAAGAAUGUUAUAAUUACCAACAGUAAAAGAGGAAAGCAGAUGAAACAUCAGCAGAAAGCUGGAUUUGAUGCCUUAGGCUGAAGAAGUAAAAAUCUGCAGUUAUCUCUCUAUCUCUCCCUGUCUCUCUCUGUUUAUAAAUGUUUCUACAUGUUUUAUGUGAUUCUCAACCAUUUUUGAUAUCAAGUGUCACACCAACAGAUUUAUUGUCAUGUACUUCAUCAACAUUAAUGUCAGUCAGUCUGCAUUUUACUGGUUUGUUCUUUUGUAGUUUCAAAAUGUUUGUGUUAUUUGAGUUUAAUGCUUUUUUCUAAUAAAACCGUAUUUUUAACUUUGUUGUUUCUGAAGUGAUCUCUUAAUAAAGUUCUUGUGAAUUCUCAUUAGACCACAAAAUAAAGGCGUCAUCAGCAAACAACACCAACAUCAGUACAUUUGACACAUUGCAGGUAUCAUUAUGUAGAGCAGUGCUACUCAACCCUGCUAGAGCCAAACUGUUGGAGAAACAGAACCUUUGUAAGAGCCACAAUCUAGACCUGGAGCUGUCAAUCCAAUAAUUACUACAUAUAUAUAUAUAUAUAUUUACAUGUACAUAUUUUAACCAGAGCAUGUAGAGACUUUUGGUUUCACCUUUCAUUUUCAUCAUUUUUCUUCAUCUAC